GAGGUGCGCAGGCAGACCGCUGCACCCUGACCUUUUUAAAGGAGCAGUCUGGGAUUGGGACACAUCCUGCUGGAACAUGGAUAUCCUGGAUGUUGUAAGACAAUGCUUUCAGAUCACAGAUCAGAUCAAAAUAUUGACCAUUAGAUUUGAAAUAUUUUCAUCAAAUCAUCAUAUCGACCAUUAGAUAUUGUCCUUGAUGUUAUUAUUUCAGCAAUGAAAUCAUACCCAUACACAAAAAUGUAUGCACGCAUGACAGUAAGUUGCUUUGGAUAAAAGCGUCUGCUAAAUGGCAUAUUAUAUUAUUAUGUAUCAUAUUAUUCUUGAUGAUCUGAUACAUCAGAUAAUAUUCACUAUUAGAUAAUGUUUUUGUUAUCCAGAUUUGUUUUUCAUCCCAUUACACUAACUUUACGUGAUCAUACCAGACUUCAUUUGGCAUAUAGAGAUUAAUGGCUUUUUAUCUUAGAUUGUGUGUUGGAGGUUGAUGCACGAUUUUUGUUAUUGAGAUAGAGUUUACAUCAUUUUAACCUCAGUGUGUAAUGUAUGUUGUGUUACACAGUAGUGAUGUGUGUACUCGUGCGUGCAUGCAUUUGUGUGUGUGUAUAUGCAUGUGUUUGUGCGUCCACGCGUACACGUGUGUGUUUAACGUUAGUAUCCUGUGUGUUGUGAUGACAGUAGUGAGCAGUGAUGAGUGACAGGGAGGCGGCUCAGGCCUAUGUCCUUCUGUCAUCACAGGGCCACCAGACAGCCCUCCACCGAGCAGCCAUGGUGGGGAACAGUGAUAUCAUAGAUGGGCUCAUCAAGGGAGGCUGCGCUCUAGACCUGCAGGACAAGGUGAGGGAGAGAAAUGUCACUUGAUCCGUCCCGAAUGGCACCCUAUUCCCUAUAUAGGUCCCCAUGGGCCCUGGUCAAAAGUAUUGCACUAUAAUGGGAAUAGGUUACCAUAUGGGACACACCCUCUGAAUGUCACAUGAAAUGUUGUGGAAUCUGAAGCAACGUUACUGAAAUGUCACAGAAUCUUCAAGUCUAAAGACAAAGUCACAUUUCCUUUAUUUAAUGUAGAGGGCCAAAAAUGCAAGCAUUCACAACACAGGGAGGAAUGUAAUGUACCUGAACAGUAUUAGCAAUCUAGAUGAGGUCCGGUCUGGGCAUAUGAAUGAAAUUACAUUAUUAGAAAAACAAUCAACGUUUCACUGCUUGACAGUGCUUUACGUUUUGCUGUUUCUAAUAGGAUGGCAACACAGCGCUCCAUGAGGUGUCGUGGCAUGGCUUCUGUCAGUCGGUCAAACUGUUGGUCAAGGCCGGGGCUGACGUUCACGCCAGGAACAAGGUAUAGCAAUCGAAGUUUGAAUAUGGUAGGUCUAGAUCUGUGACAAAUUAUGGUAAAAAGCAUUAGGAGUGAAAUGUGAUUCUGUCUGGUGCCUAAUAGGUUUUUCAUGCCACUGUCAGAGUCUGUCCCAAAUUGCACACUAUUCCCUAUGUAGUGCACUCCUUUUGAAGUAGUACACUAUAAUGAAUAGGGUGUCGUUUGGAAUUGGGAUAGGUGCAGUGUUGUUUUACAGGGUCAGCCAUAGUAGUACGGUUCCCCUUGAGCAAAUUAGAGUUAAGUGCCUUGCUCAAGGGCACAUCGACAGAUAUUUCACAUUGACGGCUCAGUUCUGUCACACUAGGCCUGCUCUUUUGGGGGUUAGAGACAAAGACGUGUGUUUGUUCUUAGGCAGGAAACACAGCUCUCCACCUGGCCUGUCAGAAUGCCAACGCUAAGAGCGCCCGUGUGCUGCUGCUGGGAGGCUCCAGACCCGACAUCAAGAACAAUGUGGGGGACACCUGUCUGCAUGUGGCAGCACGUUACAAUCACCUGGCCAUGAUCAAGAUUCUGGUGGGCGCCUUAUGCUCUGUUACGGAGAAAAACCAGGUAGGUCCCAGCUUCUACUUUGACUGCUCUCACACCUACAGUGAGUGAAAAAAGUAUUUGAUCCCCUGCUGAUUUUGUACGUUUGCCCACUGACAAAGAAAUGAUCAGUCUAUAAUUUUAAUGGUAGGUAUAUUUGAACAGUGAGAGACAGAAUAACAACAACAAAAAUCCAGAAAAACGCAUGUCAAAAAUGUUAUAAAUUGAUUUGCAUUUUAAUGAGGGAAAUAAGUAUUUGACCCCUCUGCAAAACAUGACUUAGUACUUGGUGGCAAAACCCUUGUUGGCAAUCAGAGAGGUCAGACAUUUCUUGUAGUUGGCCACCAGGUUUGCACACAUCUCAGGAGGGAUUUUGUCCCACUCCUCUUUGCAGAUCUUCUCCAAGUCAUUAAGGUUUCAAGCCUGACGUUUGGCAACUCGAACCUUCAGCUCCCUCCACAGAUUUUCUAUGGGAUUAAGGUCUGGAGACUGGCUAGGCCACUCCAGGACCUUAAUGUGCUUCUUCUUGAGCCACUCCUUUGUUGCCUUGGCCGUGUGUUUUGGGUCAUUGUCAUGCUGGAAUACCCAUCCACGACCCAUUUUCAAUGCCCUGGCUGAGGGAAGGAGGUUCUCACACAAGAUUUGACGGUACAUGGCCCCAUCCAUCGUCCCUUUGGUGCGGUGAAGUUGUCCUGUCCCCUUAGCAGAAAAACACCCCCAAAGCAUAAUGUUUCCACCUCCAUGUUUGACGGUGGGGAUUGUGUUCUUGGGGUCAUAGGCAGCAUUCCUCCUCCUCUAAACACGGCGAGUUGAGUUGAUGCCAAAGAGCUCCAUUUUGGUCUCAUCUGACCACAACACUUUCACCCAGUUCUCCUCUGAAUCAUUCAGAUGUUCAUUGGCAAACUUCAGACAGGUAUGUAUAUGUGCUUUCUUGAGCAGGGGGACCUUGCGGGCGUUGCAGGAUUUUAGUCCUUCACGGCGUAGUGUGUUACCAAUUGUUUUCUUGGUGACUAUGGUCCCAGCUGCCAUGAGAUCAUUGACAAGAUCCUCCCGUGUAGUUCUGGGCUGAUUCCUCACCAUUCUCAUGAUCAUUGCAACUCCACGAGGUGAGAUCUUGCAUGGAGCCCCAGGCCGAGUGAGAUUGACAGUCUUUUGUGUUUCUUCCAUUUGCGAAUAAUCGCACCAACUGUUGUCACCUUCUCACCAAGCUGCUUGGCGAUGGUCUUGUAGCCCAUUCCAGCCUUGUGUAGGUCUACAAUCUUGUCCCUUACAUCCUUGGAGAGCUCUUAGGUCUUGGCCAUGGUGGAGAGUUUGGAAUCUGAUUGAUUGAUUGCUUCUGUGGACAGGUGUCUUUUAUACAGGUAACAAGCUGAGAUUAGGAGCACUCCCUUUAAGAGUGUGCUCCUAAUCUCAGCACGUUACCUGUAGAAAAGACACCUGGGAGCCAGAAAUCUUUCUGAUUGAGAGGGGGUCAAAUACUUAUUUCCCUCAAUAAAAUGCAAAUCAAUUUAUAACAUCUUUGACAUGCGUUUUUCUGGAUUUUUUUGUUGUUAUUCUGUCUCUCACUGUUUAAAUAAACCUACCAUUAAAAUUAUAGACUGAUCAUUUCUUUGUCAGUGGGCAAACGUACAAAAUCUGCAGGGGAUCAAAUACUUUUUUCCCUCACUGUAUAGUCACCUCUUCCCUGUGCCCAGCUAGGGGAGGGUUUAGUCACCUGUCUGUUUCCUGUGCCCAGCUAGGGGACACUGCUCUCCAUGUGGCGGCUGCCCUAAACCACAAGAAAACUGUUCAGCUCCUCCUGGAGGCAGGGACUGACGGCAACGCACGAAACAACGUAAGUGGAUGCAUCUCAAAUGCUACUCUAUUACAAUAAAGUUCUGUACUUCUGACCAGGGGAUUGCGUUUAAAAGGUGUCAACAGUGCAGGGUCCUUGUCAGCAAUGCGCCUUUCAAUGAAUCCCUGUCUGUUCCAGGCAGGGAAGACUGCCCUGGACAAGGCCAGAGACUACAACCACAAAGACGUGUCUCUCCUGCUGGCCAGAGCUCCUCAGGUCAGCAUGAGAUGUUUCUUUGGACAUAGACCAAUGAUACACUGAUACACAUUAUAAACUGAUUCGGGCAUCAAAACGUACAUUUCCCUCCAAGAGUGACACCGUUUAUUAAGGAGUAUAAAGAGUGCAGAUGAUUACCCAUCGCCUCGAAGAGUAGUCUGUUUUUCCAGUCUGUAAUCCAGUCUGUUCUUCAUUUAAUGCACCUUGGCUGGACUGUGAGGUAGCAACAGACAGUAUAGUUAGUCUUUAGUUAUCUACUCUCCUGUGUUUUGGUCAGAUCCACUGUUUCACCAGAGGAAGGACGGUGAGGAUGAAAAGGAACCGGCUGAAGGCAGAACGCAGAACCCAGUCUGUCACCAGGGAAGAAAUGCUGCCCAACAAGGUAAAGGCUGUCUGGGGGUAACAUUAGACAGUGUAUAUUGACCAGUAGAAAAUGGAUGACAGUAGACGGCAGUAUGCUAACCCAAUGUUAGAUAUGAUGUUCACGUUAUUUGUGCCUCUUGAGUUAUUGGGUUGGGAUAAAGCGGAAGUCAAACCUUCAUGGACCUUUGGUGUACAAUUGGACAAAAAAGUUAUCUUAUUCUUCACCUCUUCCUCCUGGCUAUUUCCUUCAUCAGGACAGUGGGUACAUGGCUGAGGCAUGUCACAGUAGUGAGCGUAUUGCCAGCAGGGCCGGCCUCAACAGAGCAGGGCUGCCUCACCAUCAUCACCACCGCCUUCACUACAGUAAAACAUCAGUCACCCCAACCAGCCCUUACCACAGAAGGAGAAGAAAUAAGCUUUUCAAAGAACAGGUGCUUGGGGGUGUGUCUCAGGGGAUUGGGAGGAAAAAGACCAUUUCUGUUCCUUGCAAGAUAAUGGACAAUAAAUUAUUCUUCUUCUUCUUCCAGGCCUUGGCAGAGGAUACUCCUAGAAGAAGAAUGAACGGUCAUCCCGACCUCCACAGGAAGAGCAGACUGUGUACACAUGAUGAUGAAGUCCCUCCUCCUCACAACGGCAAAAUCUAUCAGCUAUACACCCUGUACCGCGACAAGGACGGCAAUGUCAAACAGGUCAGUCACUACGCUGCAAAAUUCUGGUAAUUUCCCAAAAUCCUCAGGUUUUCGUGAAACCCCAGUUAGAGGAUUCCCAUGCCACCUUUUUAUUGCCUCUUGAAGUUAUCUAAAUGUUUCAACCCUAGGGGUGGGGUGUCCAUAACUGAAGUGGUAGUAGUGGUACAGUACAGUAUAAUAGUUUUUGUUGCUGUUGAUAGUGGUAAUAUAAGAGAUCUAGAAAGAAACCUAUGAAAGAAACCCAAAGAAAAGAUGUAAAACAAAUAUCACAAUUAUACAUGAUUGUGCCCUCUGGUCAGGCCCUAGCCAAUGGCUGCCACUGUAAGCCCCUGAUCAAGAGGCUGCAUGGAGAGCUGAAGGCCACUAAAGAGGAGAUGAGGACACAGAUGCUGACAGUUCAGGAGCAAGUCAAUACUAGGCUGGGGAGGAUGGACCGCAAGAGCAAACACCAGGUCUGUCUGCUACCAGUCAAUUCAAUUCAACUUUGUUGCACACAUGGCAUUUUCUGUCUCAUAUAGAAAGAAAAACUACAAAUACAGCCUGUAAACCUUGUAGUCUAUAUUUGAGGUUUAAAAGGCUUCUAAAGUUUCUAAUUUCCACUUAAAAAUGUCGGACUUGAGUUUUUUAGCAACCCCUUUUUUAGCACCAUAUAGUGCAAUACUUAUGAACGCGCCCUAUGGGCCCUGGUCAAAAGUAGUGCACUAUAGGGUAUAGGCCGCAAUUUGAGACGCAACCAUGAAUUCUGUUAGACUGAUAGCUGCUGUUCGGCGUUGUGUUGAUCAGAUCAAAGUGCUGGACAUGCUGACCCAGGAGAGGGUGGCAGCAGAGAGGAUGGAGUGUCUCUACAGGAUGAACCAGAGAGCUGCGCAGGGCAGAGAGGAGGCACAGAGGAGACAGGUAUUGUAUUACAUGGCACAACCACACCCUUAUAUACCUUCUGUCUACGUACCAAAUGGCACUCUAUUCCCUAUAUAGUGUACUACUUUUAACCAGGGCCUUAUUCACCCUUCUUAAUAAAGUCUGGAAUUUAUUCACAACAGCUCUCACUAACAUCUUCACUAACCCACAUCCUCUCAAAACAUGACAAUAGGUAUUUCUGGUGUUCAUUCACACAACAAGCAGGCAGCAGUGACCCUAACCAUUAUUUCCUCUGGUUGUUCACAAACAAAACAGGCAGCAGUGACCCUAAUCCUAGCCCUAACCUCUGGGUUGUUCCACGAAAUGAGUGCCUUUUGCGUCCCUUUGAUAUUUUAAGCAGAAAUUGUGCACCAUUUUUUUAUUUUAAAAGCCUGUUAUAUUAACUGAUGUGCCUUUUAAUAUAAACCACAUGGAGAAUUCAAUAAAUCAAAUUUGUAAUAUGAAAAAACACUUUACGUCUGUCCCUAAUUUUAAGGUCAACCCUUUUAUGUGAACUGAAUUCUCGUUUUAAUGUGGUGAAACUAUUCCUUUUUUAAAUAUUUUUUUUCUAAAGAAAAAUGUUACAUUUAAUAGUCAAACCAUAGUGUAAAAGCAGGUGAGCUGGUUGUACUCUUUUUGAACAUGUUCUGGUGUUUUGUGGUGGAAAAGUGAGUGAGUCGAACAUAACAUGACAACCCUGUUACCCACAGAUAGUUUUAACAGUAAAACAUUUUGGGUGAAGCUUACUUUCAAUUGUCUCCCUGUUGCACACAACAAACUUCCAUUCCCCAUCACAAGGGGAUUUAUGGCAGUUUCAACAUGAAAUCGUCAACCAUGUUACAGUCAACCGUUACUUUAUUUUGCACUCCAUAGGCACUUACUAUAGUAAUUUUCUUAUUUAACCUUGAGAUGGGAAAAAUCGUUUUCUUAUGAAGUUGAACAUGUGCUCUUUAUGACAGAAUGAAAUUAGGUGAAAUCAAAAGUUACACUACUCAGAAGGCACCCAAUUUGUCUCUCUGGUUGCUCACACCCCAAGCAGGCAGCAGCGACCCAGGAGCUGAAGAGGUGGUGCAUGACUCAGAUCCAGGAUAUGGACCUCCACCUCCCAGCCGACCCCCAGUACUACAAGCUGCUCCCCUCCCCAUCUGUGGAGCAGUCUGUGGGGGACGAUGGAGGCUCAGAGUGCCUCCCCCUGCUCUCUGUCUUCUCUGGGGACAGCAGCAGCUCUCUGGCCACCUACGUCAACCUGCUGCCAUGCCCCUCACCCUCGCCCUCUACCACCCACAAUGCACCACCCAGCCUGGCGAUGGAGCAGGAGCAGGGCCAGGGUCAGGGGUCGGCCAGGAAGUACUUUGAGCUGAAGCUGGACAGAUCGCCAGGUGGGUGUUAGGUGGAGCAUGAUGAUGAUAAUGAUGAUGAGACAUUGGAGGGUGGUUCCAGGAAUAAAGUCAAAAUCUCCCCAAAAAAGUCCCAUCGGAUUUCUAAAGUAAGGAUUUGUUUAACCUCAUCCCCAAAUUUUUGGGGAUGAAGUUGUUGGGUUGACAGUAGGUCUAGGUCCUACACCUCUGAUUUAGAAAACGCACAAGCUUGAAAAACAAGCUUCUCCAUUUCUCGUUCUUCUCUUCUCAGAUGACUACCAGAACACUACUCUUCUCCCUCUGCCAGCUCACCACCAUCACCCAAGAAUCCUCCUGAGCUCUACCGCCACCAGGUGGCAGCAUCCAGAACUGCACGACAAUCACAUUCCGGGGCUGAUCUGGGAGGGCUGCUCCAGGAGUGUCAGCAGCAGCCAGUCUCCCACCAGCGACUGGAAGCAGGAACGGGGCCAGGACAGCCAUGGCUGGCACCACAGGAAGCACCUCCGGGACCGGAUCAGGACGCGCGGCCUGAUAAGACCACCCAGCGUCGGGACCAGGACCCUGGAGUUCUUCGUGGACAGACCCCCUGAGCCCACAUUCAGCCAGGAGAGAAACAACCUACACGCCAUGGAGGUAACUGAUGACAAGAUAGCUGUGGUGAAUACUAUGUCAAUGGCUUCACAUUGGGCUAUGUGGACCAAUGAUUCCUUUUCACUGGGAUUCUGGGAAGGGGUUGUGUGUGGGGAAGGGGUAACUUAUUCUUCACUAACUUCAUGUAUCUUUGUUGCAGGUGACCCAAAGGUUCUUUGAGACAGUGUCCACUCAGCUGGAGUACUGGUAUGAGAGGAAGAUCCAGGAUGCAAAGCGGCAGGCGGAGCUCAGGGCACAGAAGGACAGGGCCGAACUCCUGCAGCGAAUUAGAAGCCUGGAGGAGGAGCUGGAACAACUCAGGA